AACACAAUUUAUUUCCUUUAUCAGAAAUUGAUCACCCAUGAGAGGUUUGAAAGUGCAUGUGAAGAACUGAAUAAUGCAUUACAUCGAGAGCAGCAGGCACAAAUGCUUUUGAAUGAGCAGGCACAACAGCUACAGGAGUUAAAUUAUAAACUGGAAUUGCACUCAAGUGAAGAAGCGGACAAAAACCAAACCCUAAGUGAAGCUGUAAAGAGUCUCUCCGAGGCAAAGAUGGAGCUGAGAAGAAAAGAUCAAUCUCUGCGUCAGCUCAAUAGACAUCUUUCCCAGCUGGAGCAGGACAAGCGUCGACUGGAAGAGAGCAUCCACGAUGCAGAGAGUGCCCUCCGCAUGGCAGCAAAAGAUAAAGAAUUAAUUGCCAGUCAUAUGAAAUCUGUGGAAGCCACCCUACAGAAGAUCCAAGUCAGCUGUGAUAUAUUUUGUGAUACUUUUGCUAUGAAAGUGUAUACAAAAAUAAAUUGUAUACUAUUUGCUUUUUCUCUGCUGCAAUCCGUCAGAGAUCAGAUCUCGCUGUCACGGACUGCGGCAACCAGGAAUGACUUCACCCUGCAGCUACCCAAACUGCACCUGGAGACCUUUGCAAUGGAAGGGCUGAAGGGCGGGCCAGAGGUUGUAGCAUUUCAGGCUCUGAUUAUAAGUUUUAUGGAUGUCUACCAACUCGCAAGCUCCAGAGUUGCUACACUAGAGAGAGAAAUAGCAUCUCAUCGACAUCACAUUGCAGCCCUGAAAUCAGAACUCCAAACAGCUUGUCUUCGUGAAAAUGAAAGCUUGCAAUCAGUGAGAAAUAUUCACCCAGUUAUUUCUGUGCAUGAACAGCUUCCAAGGACUGCAUGCUACAUUCUUGCCACAGUCUCUCUCCAUGAAGUUCAAAGUCAAUAUCUCAUAAUACAAAGUUCGCCAUAA